AUGACUUUGGUGGAAGAGCUUCUUCUGCAACCUACUAGCAGAAGCAUAUUGCUUGGUGCUGUAGUGAUGCUUCUGACACUUGUUUAUUUUUGCUCCUCUCGCUCUAGAUGUCAGCAAACAUGGAAGGAACCCCCAGGACCCAAGCCACUGCCUAUCCUGGGAAACUUACUAGAUAUUGACCUCAAGAAACCCUAUUUGAGUCUCUUCUCAAUGUCAAAACAAUAUGGAUCCAUAUUCACUGUGUAUUUUGGUCAGAAGAAAGUGGUUGUUUUGGCAGGAUAUAAAACUGUCAAGCAAGCUCUGGUGAAUCAUGCAGAGGAAUUUCAGGACAGAGAUAUCAGUCCUAUAUUCGCUGACUUCAACAAAGGAUAUGGAAUUCUGUUUUCCAAUGGUGACAACUGGAAAGAGAUGAGGCGCUUUUCUCUCUCCACCCUUCGAGACUUUGGGAUGGGCAAGAGAGGCAGUGAAGAGAAAAUCAUAGAAGAGACACAUUACUUGAGAGAAGUGUUUGAGCAAUUUAAAGGAAACCCAUUUGAUACCAAACAGCCAUUGAAUUAUGCCGUUUCUAAUAUCAUCUCAGCCAUUGUGUAUGGAAGCAGGUUUGAAUACAGUGAUCCUCUGUUCAAAGACAUGGUUGCCUGGAGUAAUGAGAAUGUCAGGCUAAUUGGCUCAGCAUCUAUACAGGUGUACAACAUGUUUCCUUGGCUUCGUUCUUGGGUAAGGAACAGGAAACUCAUCAUGAUAAACCGUGAGAACUCUAUCAAAGGAAUAAACAGACUAGUGGAGCGUCUGCAGGAGACACUGAACCCUCAGGACUGCAGAGGCCUGAUUGACUGCUUUCUUGUACGCAAACAGAAAGCAGAGGAAUCUGGAGAGAAGAGCACUUUGUUCCAUAAACAGAAUCUACUUUACACAGUAGCCAACCUCUUUGGUGCUGGUACAGACACAACUGCAGCAACUCUGCGCUGGAGCCUUCUGCUAAUGGCCAAGUACCCUCAUGUACAGGAUCGAGUUCAGGAGGAAAUUGACAGGGUGGUUGGAGGUCGUCAGCCAGUGAUGGAGGACAGGAAGAACUUGCCUUACACUGAUGCAGUAAUGCAUGAAAUCCAGAGACUGGCCAACAUAGCACCCAUGAGCGUACCCCACACCACCACUUGUGAUGUUCACUUUCAGGGCUUCUUUAUCAAGAAGGGAACAUCUGUGGUUCCUCUUUUGACAUCUGUACUGAGGGAUGAGAAUGAAUGGGAGACCCCGAACACCUUCAACCCAGCACACUUCCUUGACAAACAGGGACGUUUUGUUAAGAGAGAUGCUUUCAUGCCAUUUUCUGCAGGGCACAGGGUAUGUUUGGGAGAGAGUCUGGCCAGGAUGGAGUUCUUCCUCUUUUUCACCUCCCUCCUGCAACAUUUUCGCUUCACUCCUCCACCAGGCGUGUCUGAGGAUCAGCUGGACCUCACUCCAGCUGUGGGCUUCACACUGAGCCCCUCCCCCCACAAGCUGUGUGCAGUUAGCCGCAGUGUUUAACUUCUUCACUGGUCACUAAAUCACUGUAACAGUACGGGCAUACUUCAGUUGAAGCAUCAUUUCUGUUUUUCAUAACUGUCCAGAAUUGUGGUGAUGCAAUAUACAUUUGGAAAUCUUGAAAUCUCAAGAUUUAAUUCCCACAACUGUUUUUGAUUUAUUUUUCACAGCAGUUACGAUCAUGUCAUUUUCAACAUUAACACCAAAUUAGCCAAUGGUAGCACAUCUGUGGCCCCUCCUUUCAAAGCCUUGUAUCUGACCACAAAGACAUCAUAAUCCAAAACACUUGGUUGGUAAUACAGUAAGAGACAGAAAUAAAUUCCUAGCUUCUAGCCUCUAAUACUAUUGUCAGUAAUUCAUACAAUUACUCUGAUGAUUGGAAAAAUACUUGAGUGUUACCUUUCAAAUGAGACCAAGAUCUUGACUACAAACCCAAAGUAUGUGGAAAAAGUGCUCCUUUUGCUUUUGGUAUGUUGUUUCAAGCAAAAAUGUGGUGACAGUUAACAAGUUAACAGAGUGAAGAUGUGACUUCUUCACAAUAAGGUACACAAGAUCACAAUAAAUUGGUGCUAUUGAUCCAUAUGUAGUAUCUGCCUCAUUCUAGCUUAUUCUGUGGCAGCUGAUCUAUUAGUUAGUAAUUUUACUUAAUAUUUCAUGUUCAAAUAUUCUCUUUUGAUGUUUAUGCUGUGCAGUUUAUUUGUUUAUA